UCAAUUUUCUUAGUUUUAUAUUUGCAUGGUUGAUGAUUAAGUCUACGCUACCUGUCACGAAGUCUUCUCUCUUUCCCAAAAAGCAGUUACUGAUCAGACUUCUACCGUGUCUGUCCACUCCCAAUUCCACAAUUCUCAGUUUGCAUUACAAUUUACAACAAUACGAGAAAUUAAUUCCUACCAUUCUCAUGGAAAAAAUCCUUUCUUCUUUCUCUCUUCUUCUGUUUUUCCUCCUCUUCUUUUCACUUCACCUUUCCGCCUCAGCUUACACUCUUCCGGAUGAGUAUUUCAUCAACUGUGGUUCAGAUGUCAGCAUCUCCGCCACUGGCCGGAACUUCAUCGGAGACUUGAAUUCUGCUUCUCUCGCAGUCAAAGGGCAGAGCAGUCCUGUUAAAGAAAAUAACAACUCAACAGAAACACCACCCCUGUAUCAAACAGCUAGAGUUUUUAGGCAAGAAUCUUCUUACGAAUUCAAAAUUAGUAGCUUUGGUACUUAUGUGGUACGUUUCCACUUCUUUACUUUCUCUUCCCUAUCAGCUAAUCUCUCCACGGCUAUUUUUGAUGUUUCGGCAUCUGGGUUUUCCUUGUUGAGCAAUUUCACUAUUGAAAAUAGUAGAAAUACUCCUCUAAUAGAGGAAUUCCUUCUUAGUAUCAGUACAGACAAAUUCAUUAUACAAUUCUUGCCUAAAGAUUCAUCUUUUGCAUUUAUUAAUGCAAUAGAAGUGUUCAUUUCUCCUGAGAAUUUCAUUCCUGAGAGUGCUGCAUGUGUUAGUGUUGAGGGUAUUAGAAGUACUUAUAAAGGUAUACUCUCUCAGGCUUUACGAACAGUUUAUAGAAUCAAUGUUGGUGGCCCUACACUUACACCAGAUAAUGACACUCUAUGGAGAUAUUGGGUUCCUGAUGAUAAUUACCUCUAUCUGCCAGAGACUGCAAAGAAUAGUAAUUUUCAUGGAGAUAAGCCUAAUUAUAUGGCAGGAGAAAGCGAAUAUAUUGCUCCAGAUCUUGUGUAUCAGACUGCUAAGGAGAUGAAUAUAAAUAGCAGUAGGGAUCCAUAUAACUUCAAUGUAACAUGGUCUUUCAAUGUAAGCAAGAAUGCUAGAUAUUUUGUUAGGGUUCACUUUUGCAACAUAAUUAGCCCAUCUCUUGGGGUUUUAGUGUUUAAUUUGUAUAUCUAUGGCAACUUUAGUAAAGAAAUUGAUGCCGAUUUAAAAACUUACCAGUUGGCAGCUCCUUUUUAUGUUGAUUUUGUUGUGGAUUCUGGUGGUUCUGGACUUAUGAAUAUAAGCAUAGGCAGUAGCAGAGUUUCUGAAGAGAAAACUGCCUUUUUGAAUGGGUUGGAGAUAAUGAAGAUUUUGGGUGAGUCUGGUUCAGUAUCAAGAACACAUAAGCCUAAUAAAACUCGUACCUUGGUUGUCGUUGGUUCAAUUCUUGGUGGUUUAGCUCUUUUUUGCAUUUUGUCAGUUGUUUUAUGCUUGUGUUUAAGAUGGAGGAAACCAAAAUCAGUUGAAAGUUGGGACUGGUCAUCAGUGCCUGUACAUAGAGGGGGACGUUCUCACAGUAGGACGCCUGAGGGAACUGCCAAUGGCUCACGUGGAGCUGACUUUAAACUUGGCUUAAAGAUAUCUAUUGCUGAAAUUCUGUAUGCAACAAACAACUUUGAUGCGAAAUUGAUAGUUGGUAAGGGUGGAUUCGGUCAUGUCUUUAGAGGAACUCUAAGGAAUGGCUUGAAAGUUGCUGUAAAAAGAAGUGACCCUGGAUCAGGCCAAGGCCUACCAGAAUUCCAAACAGAAAUUAUGGUUCUAUCCAAGAUUCGCCAUCGCCAUCUUGUAUCUUUGAUUGGAUACUGUGAUGAAAUGUCAGAAAUGAUACUUGUUUAUGAAUUCAUGGAAAAGGGAACAUUGAAGGAUCACUUGUAUAAUUCAAAUUUUCCUUCCUUAUCUUGGAGGCAAAGGCUUGAAAUCUGCAUUGGCGCAGCUAACGGUCUUCAUUAUCUCCAUAGAGGUUCAGCUGGGGGAUUUAUUCAUCGAGAUGUUAAGUCUACUAACAUCUUACUGGAUGAAGAACUUAUUGCAAAAGUUGCUGAUUUUGGACUUUCAAGAUUGGGUCCUCCUGAUCAAACUCACGUCAGUACAGGUGUUAAAGGAACUUUUGGUUAUCUUGAUCCUGAUUACUUCAGGACUCAACAAUUGACUGAAAAAUCGGAUGUCUACUCCUUUGGUGUAAUUCUUCUUGAGGUUCUUUGUGCAAGACCAGCAAUUAAUAUCUUGCUUCCAAGGGAGCAAGUAAAUCUAGCUGAGUGGGGGAUGAUUUGCAAAAACCAAGGAACACUUGAAGAGAUUGUGGAUCCCUUAAUAAAGGAUCAGAUUAAUCCUAACUCUCUAAGAAAAUUUGCUGAAAUAGCAGAAAAAUGUUUGCAGGAAUAUGGAACUGAUAGGCCUGCUAUGGGAGAUGUGCUGUGGGACUUGGAGUAUUCAUUGCAACUACAACAAACAGCGAUUCGGAGAGAGCCCCACGAGGACAGCACAACUGAUGCUUCAGCUAUGUUAGCUUUGCCUAAUAUUCAAUCUUUUCAGUCCCUCAGCAUAUCAGUUGAUAAGGAUGAUAUGCCCAUAUUAAGGGAGGAUAGUGCAAAUAUGUGGGCAACUGAAGUUUUCUCCCAAUUGAGAAUUGAUGAUGCGAGAUAAUGGAUAUAGAUAUUGAUGUAAACAGACUUAAAAAGCUUAUUUAACUUCUCAAUACUCUGUACAAUUUUCCUCUAAAUUAUGUUGUUCUCUUUUUGUUAAUUUAUGUUGGCUUACCACUGCUCUUAAAUUGUAUAUUAGUGUUUGUAAUAGCAGAACUGUCUUUUUCUGCAAAA